AUGCUUCCUCUCACCGGGCGCGCUGUCUCAGUCGCUUUGCAUGUGCGACCGCAGCCGUCGUCACAUUUAUUCCGACCGCAGAAUAUGUCUCGCCUUUCAACAUCAGCUAUCAAAUCGGCGACAGCUCUCGAGCGGCAAGGGCAGCCUGGUCAACAUCUCACUGCUUCUGGCAAGGUACGAAAGGAGGUACCAUUGCCCAGUCAGGAGAAAAAGGAGGGCGCAAUGCAAUAUGUGCUAACCACCCUUGACCAAGUUGCCAAUUGGGCACGCCAGAGCUCACUUUGGCCCAUGACGUUUGGUCUUGCUUGCUGCGCCGUGGAGAUGAUGCAUCUUUCGACACCAAGAUACGAUCAAGAUCGCCUGGGAAUCAUUUUCAGAGCCUCUCCUCGACAAUCCGAUGUAAUGAUUGUUGCGGGUACUUUGACAAAUAAGAUGGCACCCGCUCUUAGACAGGUUUAUGACCAAAUGCCUGAUCCGAGAUGGGUUAUCAGUAUGGGAAGUUGUGCGAAUGGUGGAGGAUAUUAUCACUAUAGCUACUCUGUCGUUCGUGGGUGCGACAGAAUUGUACCCGUGGAUGUUUAUGUCCCUGGAUGUCCGCCUACAUCCGAGGCACUGAUGUACGGAAUCUUCCAACUUCAAAAGAAGAUGAGACACACCAGGAUCACGCGCAUGUGGUACCGUCGUUAG